ACGUCAGCCAAACAGAUGGAACUCGCGCACAGUUCGCCGUCUCUCUGCCACACGCGAUAUUUGUCCGCUGAAAAAAGCUUCAUUCGGUUCGACAGAGAAGCUCUUCAAGAGUUGAAGCUGCCCUCGAAGGCGAAUUCUCAGGGUAGCUGUUCAAUGGAGAUGAGCACUGCAAGAUGUUGUCUUGACAAGCAAGUGUUCCAUCUUUCAUCAAAAGCAAGAACGCCUGAUUGGGAGUCUACUAAGAGAACUUCGCAUACUGUGACCUCUAUUUCUCAAAUGGUCAAUCAGAGUACAUCAUAUUAUCCUGCAUCUUCUCUUAAGAUGUGCUAUAAACACCUUACGCAGUGGCGGACCUUUUCAACUCCUGUUAGCAUAGAGGAAUCAUUUCCAUCUCAGUCAGGUGAUGAUUAUAUUGAUGAAGAGGAUUCUCCUGAAGACUCCCCAGAGAACCUUCUUUCCAAACCAUUGAGUAGUGAAGAGUUAAAAGCACUGCUAGCUGACACAGAAAGAGCAAGACUUAUCAGAAAACUUAGUGAGGCCAAUCAACAAAACCGCUUCCUCAAACGGCAGCUGCAUGUGAAGGAAGAUGCAUUGGUUACCUUCAAAAGUGAACUUGCAGUUAUGGAACUUGAAGUACAGGCUUUGGUUGCACUAGCAGAAGAAAUUGCUAAAUCAGAAACUCCUGUGGGGACAAGGAAGAUUAAUGGGAAGUACGUCCAGUCUCACCUUCUUUCACGGUUAGAAGCAAUUCGUGAAAAGCUGAAAGAAAAGACAAAGGAUGUUGAUGCUGCACGGUCCAAGGAAGUCCCUCUGUUUUGGUAUGGCAUGGCUGAGAGUGUGCAAGUGAUGGGCACAUUUGAUGGUUGGAGUCAAGGAGAGCAUUUGUCUCCAGAAUACACAGGUUCCUUCACAAAGUUCUCAACAACAUUGAUGCUUCGACCUGGAAGGUAUGAGAUCAAGUUCUUGGUGGAUGGGGAAUGGCAGAUAUCUCCAGAAUUUCCGACCAUUGGCGAGGGGCUAACCAAAAAUAACUUGCUAAUAGUUGAAUAGCUUGGGGAAUGCAUCUUCAGGCAUUUUGAAACACGGGACAGCUGAGCUUGGCACUUUAUUGACAUUAGCCUCAGGUCUUCUGCUAUCCUUGAGACCUGCAAAAUAGCCUUUACAGUGUGAAAUGUGAACGGGACCUGACUGGAGCUGCAGCUCCUGACAAAUGGAAGGAAAAAUAGAGAGGAACUAUACUAUGUCUAUGACCAGUUUCGAUGCACAUUGUUUUCUAUAGCAUGUGCCUUUCAUUUGUCUAUAAUGGACACAUCAUUUUCUUACUUUUUGUGGA